UUGAGUUUUAUGAUUAGUUUCCUUAUCAUUGUGGCCUUGUCAAUGAGUUAUCAAUCCAUAUCUCCAUCUAUACAUUUCAAACAACAGCUUUUCCAGUGUAGCCCAGAAUAUCGUACAUAGCUUGUAUCGUACUCAAUAACUGCCAAAGGGGCAUUGACUCAAUUACUAGUACUUAGACCCCCCUGCCAAACAAACCCUGACAAGAUGGCGCCUUGGCGUCAAAUGUGGAAAAAGUUCACGUCUAAUGACUCAAAAAACACGAAGGAAAACCAGUUCGGGUCUUCGAUUAUCCGAGACAGGGAUCCAGAGGAGCUAUGGGAGACACAUGCGAAGUUGGGAGAUGGAGCCUUUGCAGUCGUGUACAAAGCACAGAACAAAGCAAACAAAAGCAAAUACGCUGCGCUGAAAUUGGUGGAAGACAUGAAGUCCAUUGAGGAAACUGAGAUGAUGUUAGUGAUGUUGGAGAUUGAUAUUCUGACGAAGUGCAAGCACGAGUUUGUGUUGGGAUUGGAGGAGGCUUAUCUGCAUCAGGACAAACUGUACAUGUAUCUGGAACUGUGUGACGGAGGGGGAUUGGACUCGAUCAUGCAGGAGCUGCAGAAGGGUCUGACGGAGCCUCAGAUCCGCGUCGUGGCUUACCAGACGUGCAGUGCCCUACAAUACCUCCACAGAAUGUUAGUAGUACAUAGAGACAUCAAAGCCGCCAACAUUCUCCUCACUUCAAAGGGCACUAUACGACUGGCCGAUUUUGGAGUGUCAGCCAUGAACAACUCGGCUGAACAGAAGCGACACACUUUCAUUGGAACUCCAUAUUGGACUGCACCGGAAGUGUUUGAGUGUGCGGACUUCCCCCAAAACGAAUACGACUACAAGGCAGACAUCUGGUCAUUCGGCAUCACCCUCAUCGAGCUGGCCGAGAUAGAACCCCCACAUCACACCACCCGUCCGGAGCGUCUCUUUCCCAAAGUAGUCAAAGGACCCCCUCCUCAACUAAACAGAGCCUCUGGAGUCAUCUGGAAAUGUGAGUUCCACGAUAUCCUAACGAAGUGCCUUCAAAAGGAUCCUCAGAGUCGCAGCACGGCGGCCGAGUUGCUGGGUCAUCCUUUCUUGUGCGACGCCACAGACGUUAAACCGUUGAUGGAACUUCUGGCCGAGUUCAAAGCGGAAAUAAUAGACGAGGACGACAACAGUUCGGAAGGACAUCAAGAUGAAGAAGAGAAUUCAGCUUUGAACGAUACUCAGGCGUCAGAAACAUUAUCCAAAAUGGACAUGGGAGAAUCAUUUGAUGAGACACCUGAACAAAUACUGAUCAAAAUGCCAGAUGAUGAAACUUCUGUUGUGCAUCCUGAGUCAAAAAUAAACCAAGAGGACAAUGAGUCUAACUUAGUUCCGAACGGGCAUCCAGUUCCAGAUGUUCUAACGGCUGUCGGAGAGUCUGAAAAAAGAGGCUCUGAACUGAUUCAACGAAGUGAACAAACUGAAAAUGUGAAGACCGAAGAACUGAAAGCGGAGGAACCAAAACCAGAAGGGUCAUUUGAAGAUACGAAAGAAAAAGAUAAUGACACAGAGAACAACGAUAAGUCAGCGACAGCUGAAGAGAGUGGUAAAGAGGAGUUCUCAAUAGAUGAAUUGCCUUCUCCAAUUUUACCAGCACUUCCCGUUGAGCCGACAAAGCGAGAGUCAGAGGUUGCGGCAAAAGAGGGUGGUGAAGUUACAAUGACUGUUACUAACGAGGAAUCAUCGGAAAUAGGAGAAAUUGCCAGGAGCAAUGAACAUGAAUCCCAUGAACAUGAAAACAUUUCGAGCAUUAUUCCAAAGUCAUCUCCGGAACUAUCUCAGGAAAAUGACAGUAAGACCAAGUCUUCCGAAGAAAAAGAGAAGUCUGAUGAAAGCUUAGCACCUGAAAUUGAAAAUAACAAUAGCCGUGAAGCGAAAGCGAGAGCGAAUGAACUGAAAUUGGAACUGGGUUCAGAGUUGAGUGGUUUGACAGUUCCUGCUGCGACUACUAGAAUCAUGAAGUUGAAAGGUGACGAUGAUGAGACACCAACAACACCUGGAGGUACUAAAUCACUUGACGAGGAGAAACGUGAACGAGUGAAAAGUUACAAGAGUAUUAGGAGGACGAGGAGGUUUGUGAUUGACGGCCAAGUUGUGACGUCGACUCAAAAGCGAGUGGUGACGGUAGAUGGUAAAAAGGAUCUGGCGUUUGAGAAGCUGCAGAAACGCAAAGAGGCUAUUAGGCAGGUACAGAAAUUCCAGAGGAAAGAAAAAGUGCUUUUUGAGAAAUCGGGAGCGGAAAUCGAGGCUAAGCAGGCCGAGUUUGAAAACAAAAAGGUUCACGAGGAGGUAACAGAAAACAAAAACUUCGAAAGUGAGCGAGAAAAAAUGAAGAAAAACUAUCAAAAUGCUUUAACUAAGUUAGUACAGAAGAACGAAAAUGAGUUUCAAAGUGAGAAACGGAAGUUUAAGCAAGAAAUGGAUCAAAGUUUGAAGAAGUUCAAAAGUAGGAUGAAAGAUUCAUCCAAGAAUUUGAUCAAAAUUGAAGAAUCAAGAUUAACAAGAGAUGAAGAAAAUUCGGAUAAGAGAAAAGAGUUGCUGAAGCAAUUCAAAGUGAAUCUUGAGAAAGAAAACGCGGAAAAAGAACGGCAACAUUCUCAGUCCUUGGAGAAUAAAUUUAAUGAGAAAAUGAAAGAAAUGAAGUUAAAUCACAAUGAAGAGUGCCUGAAUUUAGAAAUGCAUUUUCUAAGUGAGAAACAAUCUUUGGCUAAAAGAUGGAACAAAGCGAUUGAUGAUCUUAAAGAGUAUAGUAUACAAGAAAAAGCUCAGCUGUUAAAACAGGCGAACAGAGAAAGAUUUGAUUUAGUUCGAAAACUGAACUUGGAAAAAUAUGACAGACAGCUACUUGAUAUGACCGCUGCUCAUGAAAAAGAAAUGGAGGAUCUCAAAGCUGCCCACUUAAACGACAGUAAAAUGUUGCCUAAAGAGCUGGAAAAGGAAAAUAAGUCGAGACUGAUGAUGCACCGUCGGCAAAUUGAAAUAAUGCUGGAGAAAAAAGAGAUCACAGAAUCGGAGGUCAAACAAAGAACGGUUGAGUUUAAGAAAAAUGACCAGAAAAGGAAGGCAGUGUUGAUGAAGAAACGUGAACAGAAACGAAAAGAGGAAAUUGUAAUAAUGAAGGAAAGACAAGAAAACGAAGUGGUAGAACUGAUGUCAUUUCAGAACGAACAGAAAGCGCGUUUAGACGAAACGGAGAAAAAGAAAGAAGAAAAAACGGAUCAAGAGUUCAGAAAAGAGUUGGAAAAAUUCAGAGAAGAGCGAAAAGUGAGAGAGAAACAACUUGAAAUUGAUUUUCUGAAGGAUGUCGAAAGUCUGAAAAAGAAUUACGAGCUAGACAAUGAUAAUGUUGAUCAUCAAAUGAAAGUUGGUUUCGACGCAGAUGGUUCGGGCUCUUGGAGUCCGACAACAGGCGCGAGACGAAACUUCUCCCAGUCGUCUUCAAGUGUCCCGAAAUCCCCCUUAAGGAUCCAAAAAUUGAGUGCUAGUCUAGAAUUAUCGGGAGGUAGUGGUAGUGGUGACCGAAGCAACUUUGAAAAGUCUAAUUCCAAUUCAGAAGGAUUUGAUAUUGGGUAGAUUGUGUUGUACGCAUUGCAUAUAGGUGAGCAAAAUUGUCCUGCAAUUUUUUUAACAGUAAAACAUCCAAUUAAAAAUUGGUGAUCGGCCAACAAGCCUGACAAUCAAACCGAAAAUAGAAUUACCAUUCCAACAAGCCGAAAAUUAGUAUAGUUACGCAACAGAACAACAGAUUGUCACUGUUGUGAAGCAAUUAUUAGGUAAUUCUGAUUUAAUUUCGGCUUCAAGAUAUGGCGGUUUGUCGAGCAUUCGCUUAAAAAUUAAUCUGUUGACAGGUUUGCUCAUUACGUGUAUUGAUUUUAUUCAAUGUCUAUGUAAAAUUUAUAAGCUGACCUUGAAAAAAUUAUAAUCCAAAUGUGGAUUUCAAUGGUCUGAAUAUAGCGGUUAAUUUGGGCAGUUGCAGCUAACUUCCAUAUAAUCAUCGACCAUAGUUUUUGGCUGUAUAAUAUCGUCUCUUACUGCGCGGCAUCGCCUUUGUAGAUUAUUCAUUUUGUGUUGGUAGGCACUCGGUGCCACCUUAGAUUGAUAAAUGUAAAGGCUGGAUAAAUUGAUUUAUUCUGAUUUGUCCAACAAACCACCAAUCACAUUGUGUCCUAAAUGCUCUCCCGUGCUACAGAUCCCCAGUCUAAAUUGUAGAUAUAGUUAAUAUUAUUCUUUAAAAGUAGUUUAAUUGAGUUUAUCUCUGAAUAAACUGAGAAGAAUAUCCUAUUUUCACUGAUUCUAUUUUAUACAUCCUGUCCUGAUUUCUGUUUAUAAAGCACCUUAAUGAGCACUUUGCUGCUGCUUAAACUUAACUGUGUACCUCAAUUGAUUGAGUCAAAUCUACUCUUGAAUAUUUUCGUUGAUAAAUUAAUUUUCUAUUCAC